AUGCAUUUCUCUCUUGAGUAUCUUAUAUCGCUCUUCAGCUGGGACUUGUUUCUAUGGCCCUGUUUCCUGGCAAUUGUGAUUGGGGUCUGCAUCCUCUUUUUGCUUCUCCUCGCUCUCACGAUUUCCCAAAACACUAUUCCGCCAAAAUGCCGCAAAAGAGGAUCUCCUACUCACCUCUUGGUGGUCCUUGGAAGUGGUGGCCAUACAGCUGAGAUGUUUUACAUGCUCCGGCAUAUGCAACUCGACCCUAGACUCUACACGUAUCGGACAUAUCUCAUAAGCUCCGGAGAUAACUUCAGCGCUGGUAAAGCCGAAGAGUUUGAGACUCAACACGUACAGAAAUUGCAAGGCCAGGCUGGUAACAAUAACUACACCAUCCUCGCUGUGCCUCGUGCCCGAAAAGUCCAUCAAUCCUACCUCACUGCGCCAUUUUCCACCCUCCAUUGCUUCUGGGCCUGCCUCAACGUGCUUCGUGGACUUCACCCAGACCAGAAGCUCCCAAAGGAGUUUACCUCUGUUUACCCAGAUUUGAUUCUGACCAAUGGUCCCGCUACAGCUGUCUGUGUAGUUGCAGCUGCAAAGCUCAUCCGCUUCUUUCUACGCGCGGGCAAACUCGCUGUCUCGCAUUUGGGCCUACAACCCGGUUUCGCAAUCUCGUCCGUGCCAAAACUGCGCACUAUCUACAUUGAAUCAUGGGCACGAGUGGAUUCACUGAGUAUGUCUGGUGUCUUGCUGUUACCCCUGGCUGACCGUUUUCUCGUUCAAUGGCCCGCCCAGGCUGGACGGCGGGCCUGGUGGGGAAUGAAGCGAACACAGUAUGCAGGAUGGCUUGUGACCUGA